CGACACUCAUGGCGACACCCCUGACUUUGCGACUUUUAUUGUGAAGUGAAACCGGAAGUGUAGAUCUUUGGUCUGGCAGUCUCAGGUAGACAUGGCGGCGUCUAUAGCUACAGCGGUCCCGGAGAAAUCACCUAAAUCAUCUCCGCCUGAGUUUGUGCCCUUUGACUUUUCUAAGCCCCCGCUUAUCGAUGGCUUCAACCCUUUGGGCAAACUCAAAGAUGAGACGCUAAAAGAAAAGUUACUGAGAAAGACAAAGGAUAACCCCUUCGUCCCGAUAGGCUGUUUGGGAACAGCUGGAGCUCUGAUUUAUGGCCUCCAUGCCUUCAAUCUUGGGAAAACCAAACAGUCCCAGCUGUCGAUGAGAGGGCGAAUCUUCGCCCAAGGCUUCACGGUAGUGGCCCUUGUUUUUGGUAUCUUUACCACCACUAUGAAACCCAAGGAAUGAAGACGGACCAAUCCCACACCUCUGCCUAUUCAUUCUACCCGGAAUCAGACGAGAUCCAACGGGGAAAUUGAACUGAUUUGAAUAAUGUAUUAUGUUGUCUGCUUUGUUCGGAUAUACCCAUGCUAAUGCCAACACUAUUUAUUGUCAUUUGAAAACUGAAUUGCUCAUGGUGACAACAUAUUUGACUUUGGGCUUGCGCUAUGUAACAACAAAGUAUAAUCGGCUCCUUACCAACAAGCUGGAUUUUACUUUUGUUGUACUCUAAAAGCAUUUAAGCAAAAUGUCGAUAAAUAUAAAUGACAUACUUAUUGCUCUUCUAGAAGCUUUAUUUGAAUUGUUCAGUGUGUUGUCACUGAUAUGAUCAAAGUGCCACCUGGCUGAUUACAGACUUUAAUUUCAAGCUGGUGUCCUGUGUGAUUUGAGAUAAAGCAUCACAAUCCCAUCUGUGAUCAGGGAAAUCUAUUCCUUAUACAACCUUUAUUUAACAUGUUACUUCAAUCAUUGUGAACCGUGUCUGUGGCCUGGAUGAGUAGAUCUAAACACAUUCUUAGACAGACCCAUUCUCAAUGUCAGCCCUUUACACUUGGCAGACUUUCCAUUUAACUUAAAUCUUUCAGUAGGAGGGCUCUAAAUGUUGUAUUAGAAAAUGUUACCCAUGCUAAAAUGUGUGGCUUUGCACCAGUAAACGUGCUUCUCAGA